UAGUCGUUUAAACAAGUAGCCGUCUAGCUCGUGAAAGCGAAUGAAAUUCAACGCCGAAGAAAGACAUGUUUGAAGGAGGAAAACAUCGUGUAUUAUAAAUUUCUAAUUCUAAAACCCAAAAAGUUGCCGAAAUGUUUCAAUGAUCGAUAAUGGUUCUAUUUCGCAAGUUCCUAAAAGCAAUACUGAGAGAGAAAAGCAAAGGCAGAAGCAGAACCUUCCUCACCUCAACCACCGCAUUCCCGUGGUAUGCGCCUCACCUUAACAAUUACAACCGACUCUUCCGAUCACCACCCAUCCGAUCCCCACCCAGCAACCACAGACUCCUGUCUCCCGGCCCAGGUCCAGGCCCAGUCCCAGUCCCAGGCCCAGGCCCUCUCUUCCUGACUUGGCCUCCAUGGAAACUGUCUCAGUCCGCCACCCCUCUCUAUUUGCACCGAAACGCCGUCGUUUUCCCCAAGGUCCUCCACCCCUUCAAUUUGCUUCGCUCCACCACCGUAACUCCCCCUCUCCGCUUCCCUGAUCCGCUUCCCUCCAAUUCCAACAACUCUCCCAUUUUCCACAGCUUCGUCAAUCUCCCCAAUUUCAUAUCCUUCUCCCGAUUACUCUCUGGUCCUCUCAUCGCAUGGAUCAUCUCCAACGACUUUUACACUUCAGCUAUGGUAGGCUUGGCAAUCUCCGGUGCCACUGAUUGGCUGGAUGGAUACGUCGCUAGGAAGAUGAAGAUCGAUUCCGUGGUGGGUUCCUACCUUGAUCCCCUUGCUGACAAGGUUCUUAUUGGUUGCGUUGCUCUUGCCAUGGUGCAUAAAGAUCUACUGCAUCCUGGGCUUGUUUGUCUUGUUGUGUUACGGGACGUCUUCCUUGUUGGUGGUGCGGUAUUUGUAAGAGCAAAUAGCUUGGGUUGGAAGUGGAAAAGCUGGAUUGAUUUUUUUAACCUUGAUGGGACCUGCCGCCAAAAGGUUGAACCACUCUUUCUAAGCAAGGUGAAUACAGUGUUCCAAUUAGUAUUAGUUGCUGCAGCUCUUCUUCAACCAGAAUUUGGAACCCCGGAAACAAAAUCAUAUAUUACUUAUUUGAGCUAUUUGGUGGCUUCAACUACAGUAGCAUCUACUGCAGCAUAUGGAGCACAAUACUUUAGGAGAUCUGUUGUAGUAUCAAACUCGGUCUAGUUGAGUUUUCAGAGGGACGAUGGAUCGGCACGAUCAAGGACUUGUUGCACGGUAAAUUAUGGCUAUAUUGCACAGGCUUUGUUUUCAAAUAUUGCCUUCUGACAUAAACAUUAGGCUUUCAAAUGUUGUUUUUCAAUAGUGAUCGACAAAUGUUAGAUUUUUAUUUUCAGAAAUUAUUCGGUGUUAGAGGAAAGUAUUUGUAUAUUUCUUUGUGGUGCAACGUAAGUUUAUAUUAUAUUCUAAUUAGCCUCCAUUAUUUA